AGAACGACUUCCGGUUUAAAUGAGGAGCGUGGAAACAUGAGCGCGGGGCGCGGAGGUGAGCUCACAGUGGAAACACCUGUGUGAGAGACGGAGCUCGGGCUCUGUGCUGCUUGUGUGUCCGUUUAAGGACAAUCAGAAAGGAAAGUGCAGCUCUGGGAUCGGUCCUGAUGAGAUAAAUCAGGAGGAUGAGGCACCUUACGUCUAGUUUAUUCUUCUUCACUGGAUUCAUGUUGGGAUUUUUCUCCUUUCACUUUCUGUUGGACUCGAACUUUUCAACAGAACAAGUUGUGAAUUUUGCACGGGUAGCAGUCACGAAUGAAGUGAAACACCGUUCACAGCAUGUGCACGCAGCAGCUAAUUCCACUCACACAACACGCAUCUUGUGCUGGAUCAUGACAGGGCCCAGUAACUUGGAGUCCCGAACCAAGCACAUCAGGGAAACAUGGGGAAGGCGCUGUGACAAAGUGCUGUAUAUGAGCUCCGUCAAGAGUGACUUCCCCACCGUGAAGCUCAACGUGUCCGAGGGAAGGGAUAACCUUUACUGGAAGACGAUUCGAGCUUUUCAGUAUAUCCAUCAACACCACCUGGAUGAAGCAGACUGGUUCCUGAAAGCAGACGAUGACACGUUUGUGGUUGUAGAGAAUCUACGCUACACCUUGUCCAAAUAUGACACAGAGAAGCCAUUGUACCUGGGCAGAAGGUUUACGCCUUUCCUUAGUCAAGGCUACAUGAGUGGAGGAGCAGGUUAUGUCCUCAGUAAGGAGGCACUGAGAAGAUUUAUCAAAGGGUUCAGUACUGGGGAAUGUACCCACUCCUCCAUGAUAGAGGACAUCGCUCUUGGGAGAUGUAUGGAGACGAUGAAGGUGGAGCCAGCAGAUACCAGAGACCUGAAGGGCAGACAAACAUUUCAUGCUUACCCUCCAGACCAUUAUGUGGUCAGACAACCUCCAAGACCACGGCCUUGGUAUCUGAUCUAUGACUACUACACUCCGAUAGAGGGUCCCGGUUGCUGUUCAGAUUUUGUUAUAUCUUUUCACUACAUUUAUGCUGUUGAACUGUAUGUUUUAGAGUACCUGACGUACCAUCUGCGGCCAUAUGGAUACAAAUACAGAUUUAAUCCUGAUGAGAAAUCGAACAAUGCGACUGGGUCUGUGUAAAAUGUGUGUCUGUGUAACAACCAAGUUUAACUUAUUUACUACCAUAAUUAAUUCUCCUGUCUGUCCUUUUAUAACUUACUGUGAGGCUUUUCAUGUUAAAAAUGUGCUUAUUCCUUCCAUCCACUCAAGUAUCGCUGUCUUGGUCUUAUUUCAAUUGUGAAAACUGUUCAUGAUGUCUGUGGUAAGAGUGGGUCUGUUAUACUAAGCUGUCACUUGUCACUGUGUGUAAGAAGAAACGAAUGUGCUCUUUAAUUUGUCUUCCUUAUUUUUGUCUUUCAUGACCAAUGUACGUUCUGUGCUUCAAGAAGGGUGUCUUUCUCUAGGAAAUCUUAACAGCAAUACGAGUAAACCACGUUUGCUGUGUGAAAGAUGGGGUUUAUAGGUGAAAUUUGGAGAAACCUGGAGGUGGUAACAUGGUGUUGUUGUUCCACAGACUUUCACUCUUGCACUGAGAGCAGAAACAUGAUCAGUGCAAGUAAACGCAGAUGCUUCAAGCUAUGCAAGAUUGAUUUCGUAUUUGCCUUCUGGAGUGUGUUACUGGAAAACAGUAGUGCGAGACCAAUGUGAGCUGCAGUCUGACGGCAAGAUAAAGCUAACCCAUUCUGUUUAGAUUAGGUUCUGUUCAAUUAAAGGUGAACAUGUCACAUGUCACCUCUCCUCCUGCGCUGUAGGCAUAGCACUGCACAUUCCUCCACAGGAGCCACGUUUAUUUACUAAUGUGGUCCUAGAAAUGCUCUGAUGAGCUAUUUAGCAUUCCCUUGAGGUUUCUUUCCUCUGUCAGUGUAUAUACGUGCAUGUUGAGUAUGUUCACCGGGGUGCUGCUUUUGUUUCAGCUGGGCCAGGGUUGCCAUUUGUGCUUGCAUGGACUACUACAAGCUACUCUGGUCAGGCUGCUUAGAAUAAAGACUGGAACCAUGGGGAAGAAGCUAGCCUGACGUUGCUGUAACAGUAACAAUUGUGGUUACUACCAGCUUUAAAACUACUUAAUAAAUCUGUUUAUAACUUUUUUUUUU